AUGACUGACAUACUGCGGCUGGUGUCAGAAGUGGACAGGCGGAUCUUCCAAACUCUCUCCCAGCUCUCUGGAAACAUAUCAACUGUAUUUGGGCUGAUGUGUCCGAUGUUCACUGCCCAAGUGCCGGAUUUUGAUGACUUCAGAGAAACUCUUCUUUUCCUCUUCAGAGCUUUAGCCUCUGAACAAAACGUGUUCCUCACCUUCCAGGGAAUUGGAGUUUUGUCCUUUAAGAACAACAAGGUGCGGAUGAAGUUCAACAGAGAUUUUAUUAAUGCCAUGGAUGGAACUGGUCGUCGGCUGUUGACCUUUAACAAUAGACCUGGGAGCAGUGUCUCUUUACUCUCUGGUGGCCUGUCCAGGCUUCAGAGGCCACGGACUGCCGUCACCCUGCCAACUGUCUGCUCUCCUCAGCCAGACAACAAAGCCGGUGACAAAGAUCUAUGGUGCUUGUCACCAACUCCAGACCAGAGGAAUGCAGGAGGAGUUCCCCAACAGAGAGAAUCUAAAUCCCAUCAGCCACUGCAGCCGGCCAAGAUGAAAGCUGUCAGCCUGUCUGAAGAACUAAAUCCAAACCCCCCCACGGAGGCCACAGACAAGCCAACCACCUCCAUCACACCACCAGAGGCCACUCCCAAACUGGUCGAACCUCGUGUGAACGUCAGCUGCUCUGGUCACACCCGUGCUGGACAGGAGCUGUGCUACCUGUGUAUGCAGCGGGCACAAAGAAACGUUCCAGUCUACCUGAGGGAGCAGCAGCAGGCAGAGGAGAAAGCUCAGGAGAAACUCUUACUGCUUAAAGAGCAACUGAGAGACAAGCAGUACAUGGACAAAGAACAGGAGAAGCUGAAUGAGCAGCGUGAGCAUGCAAAGCAAGUUGCUACCUACAACCUGCACAUGUCAGAGAAGAAAGAGAAGACUCACUGCCCUCUCUUUCCUACUUCAUUCGUCUUCCCGGCUCGGCCCCUCACUCCUGCCAGGAGGAUCCAGCAGCAUCGUUACAUGGACGAGCUUCAGAGACAGAUAGAGACUCGGCGGCGACAUGAGGCUCAAGACCAGCAGAACCGUCUACUCAUGGAGCGUCUAGACCAGGUCCAGCUGGUCCAGGAGAUAGCUUUGCAGAGAGCUCAGCAGCUCCAGCAGAAACAUGAGAAAACUACAAAUUACAAAAAGGCUCUGGACACGCAGGUGGGAGAUAAGAGGUGUACACACCCACCAGAGUGCCAGGCUGACAACUGCGGGUUCAACCGCUGUGAGACAGCAGCCAGCAAUGUAGAGAGCCGAGAGAGGGCACAGAAGCUCUUCCAGUUAAAUUUCAGCGCUGCCACUCAGAGAAAGAAGGAAGAACUGCAAAACCGGCAACAACAGCUGGAGAAAGAGAGAGAAAUUCUCAAACACAACAAAAUGGAGCUGAUACUGGACCGCAUUAAUCGCUUUGAGAAGAGGCGGGACAUCAGUAAGUCGCUAGAGGAUGAGUGGUGUCGCAGUGCGAAGCUCAAGCACCAACAAGAGGAAGAGGAGAGACGCUUCCUGAGGUCUGCUGGUCAGCUCCUGGUAGAUAAGCUUGCACAGUACAAGCGCUGCUGCCAGUGUCAGAGGAAGACCACCAACUGUGGAGAGACCAACAUCUGGAAAGAGUCUCAUUACCUCUCUGGCUCACAGUUCAUGAUCUGACAAACAGUGUAGCCUGCAGCAGCACUUAAACAACAGUACCUCACAGCCUAAACAAGACCUCAACCCUUACAACUCAUUAUGUGACGGUCACUAAAGAUUAUGAUGAGUCAAGGAUAUGUGAAGCGACUGAUACUUGUGUGUUUUGUUGUUCAGCAUGCACGCUCCUCUGUUUUAAUGUGAGAUUUAGUAUUGCUCCGUUCUUAAAUCAGUCUUCAGAGUUUGUUGUACUUUUAUUUUUCCUAGAAUAUAGUUGUGUUUGGUAAUUAUAUGUCACAAGACUACAUGUUACAAUACUAACCCAUAACAUAUUCAGUCAAUAAAAUCAUUGCGAAUUUCUCUCACUUUAUCAGCCGUCUUACACAGUCACAUACACACACAGGUGUUUCUUGAUGAUGAAACACAAAUAAACAAAGAUGCACAGUUUGUCCAAAGGCUCGUGUUGAGAUUAUGAAUCACUUUGCUGAUUAAAAUUGUUUCGGUCGGUUCAAAGUAGCUAUUUUACUUUUUUCUCAGGCUUAGCAAAUACAUCACAGAUGAAGAAAAGAUGUUGCUAAAGGCUCUUGGCUGCGGCUUUAAGUUCACAUUUGUGUAGCUAACAUUAGCAAGAGCCUGGAAUCACAGUGUUUCCUCCGCCUCACUCCCCGCCGCUACAGAACUAUUCGCCAGGAGAUGAGCAGGCAACCGCUCAGCAGGCAGACCCCCAGUCAGUGGCCGCAGCUACCUGGAUCCAGCCAGCGCAAACCUGGCCAGUCGCGAUUCCCUGCCAGAUCAGCGAACUUUCUGUUGCUGCUGUUAAACAGAUUAGACCCGGAGCUGCUGCUGGCCACCAGACCGCUGUGACACCCGGCGCUGAGGGGUUUGCGCUGGCCGAAUUUGAUCAGCUACAGUCAGAAACAGACGGUCUGUCUGCAGUGCUGCUGCCUGCUCUCCUCCUGGGAAAGCAGUCCACAGCAGCGGGAGGUGGAGAGACGGUGGGGUGGCUAACGUUAGCAAAUUCUUGUGUCAUUUAUGGUUUGAUAAAGAGAGAGAGCAG